CCCCCUUACCACACCCCUAUCUCCCUGCUCUUUCCACCCAUUUGUCCUUUCUUCAAGUACCAUGGAUUUAGUGGAAGGAAAGAGAUACGCCCUCCUCUUAGCCGCCAAGGACUCCGACUACGUCAAUAAGGUGUACGACGGCUACUUCAAUGUCUUCUUACAAGCCUUUCGAGAAGAAGGUGAGAACUGGGAUUUGUUCAGGGUGGUGGAAGGACAGUUUCCAAAUAUAGAAGAUCUCCACAAGUACGACGGCUUCGUGAUCAGUGGUAGCCCCCACGAUGCCUAUGCAAACGACCUUUGGAUCUUAAGACUUUGCUUUCUACUCCAAACCUUGGAUGCAACGCAAAAGAGAGUUCUAGGGAUAUGCUUUGGCCACCAAGUGCUAUGCCGGGCAUUAGGCGGUCGGGUUGGGAAGGCUUACAAGGGUUGGGACAUUGGGAUUAAGAAGGUGAUCAUGGUGGAGGACCUGCCUCAACAUAGAUUCUUCGACAGGUUAGAGGAGAUUCCUCCAUAUGCUUCUAUCAUCCAAUGCCACCAAGAUGAGGUGUUGGAGGUGCCACUUGGUGCUGAGGUGAUUGCCUCCUCAGAGAAGACUGGCGUGGAGAUUUUCUGUCUUGGGGACCAUAUACUGGGCAUCCAAGGGCAUCCUGAGUACACAAAAGAUAUAUUGUGCAAUCUCAUUGAUCGUCUUCUUUGCAGCGACUCCAUUGAUAGAGCUUUUGCCAAUGAGGCCAAGGCAGCAGUGGAGGCUGCUGAACCUGAUAGGAAGUUUUGGGAGAAGAUGUGCAAAGGCUUCCUCAAGGGAAGAUAGAGAGAUGGACUCUCUUAUUUUCCUUUUUAGAAACAUCAAACUCUCUCUUGUCGUGACUUAUAUGAUUUCAGGAUACUGUAUUUAGCUUCUUUA